AUGGCUAAAAGUGAUGGAAGUGACUUUUUUAAAAGAACCAGCCUCUUUUGGAUCGUCUCCGUCCUGUUCGGGUUGAGCUAUUUUACCUGCAUUGUGUUUGCGCCUGAAGUAAUACCAUAUCAUCUCCUGGGCCCUUUUGGUACCUUCUGCAAAUAUCUUGUUGACAACCAUGCUGGCACAUUGUACAAAGGGUGGUGGGCUACCUGGGCAAUCCAUGUUGCAGAGGCUUUAGUCUCCUUAAAAGUUUGCAGCAACAAAGGCAUCACCAUGCCCACCAGCUGCUUGUGGUUCUUUCAGACCUUUAUUUUCGGUUUCGCGUCUCUGGGCCUGCUCAUCAAAUACAACCCAGAUAGACCCAAACAACAUUGA